CCUUCCUGAUAUUUAUAACCUGUGAAGGUAGGAGAAAAUAAUCAUUCUGCUUAGUCAGAGGAGCGACAGGCAAUGGACCCCAAACGUCAGUGUCGGGAACUUAAUGACGGCCGCUUCAUUCCUGUGCUGGGAUUUGGGACCUACGCACCUGAAGAGGUUCCUAAGAGCGAAGCUCUGGAAAUCACCAAAUUUGCUAUAGAUGCUGGGUUCCGCCAUAUUGACUGUGCGUAUUUAUACCAAAAUGAAGAGCAGGUUGGACAGGCCAUCCGAAGCAAGAUUGCAGACGGCACUGUUAAGAGAGAAGACAUAUUCUACACUUCAAAGCUUUGGGCCACUUUCCUCCGACCAGAGUUGGUGCGACCAGCCUUGGAAAAGUCACUGAAAGAUCUUCAACUGGACUAUGUGGACCUCUAUAUUAUUCACUGUCCCGUGGCUAUGAAGCCAGGGGAGGACCCUCUUCCCAAAGAUGAAAAUGGAAAACUAAUAUUUGACACAGUGGAUCUCUGUAGCACGUGGGAGGCCAUGGAGAAGUGCAAGGACGCGGGACUGGCCAAGUCCAUCGGGGUGUCCAACUUUAACCACAAGCAGCUGGAGAAGAUCCUGAACAAGCCAGGGCUCAAGCACAAGCCCGUCUGCAACCAGGUGGAAUGUCACCCUUAUCUCAACCAGAGCAAACUGCUGGAUUUCUGCAAGUCCAAGGACAUUGUUCUGGUCGCCUAUAGUGCUCUGGGAUCCCAAAGAUUAGAAAAUUGGUAAUGAAUCCUAAUGAAGACAAGAAGGAGUUGACCUAAAACU